CCCCCCUACAAAAUCCCUAUCAGAAGAACAAUCGUAAAAGAUUUAUCCCAAGCAAUUGAAAGGACAAAUUUUAAAAUGUGAAAAGGAAGAGGAGGCUGUAGCCUUAUAUUAGUUACGGAGUAGAGUUUAAAACUGUUGUAUUUUAUAACUAUCAUAACGAUAGACCUGCUUAUUAAGUACCUCAAUCAAUAUUAAGAACUGACUAGCUCGUGAAAAUUUGAUUGUUGCAUUCCGACAAUUCCCCCCAUUUAAAGUGCAAAAAGAAAAAAGGAUGACUCUUUAAGUAUUUGUCUCCGAUUCCUAAUUAAAAUACUUAUCCUCACUUGUGAUAAUUGCAAUCGAUCCAUUCUUAUCUUAGAUGAACUACGACAUGGACUGGGGACUCAGUAAAGACGACUCAACUUGAUAAAUUUUAUUUUGGACUAUUCAGUAUCAAAAAACUAAGCUUCUCUUUAGAUAAAAAGGGGUCUCCACCCUCAAUAAUUUAAAGAAUUCUGUACGUCUUUAGAUUCAUUUCUCUUGAAUUACUAAACUCUUGUAGAAAUUCUGAUUUUCUUUAUUAUUUCUUUAUUACAAACUCUAAUCUUUAUAAUAUCAUUUGGCCUGAGUGAUGCUAAUUACUUAUUCCAUUCAACAUGUACAUGGUGCUGAACUUCCAACUAGUGAGUGGUGGGUUCCACACCAGACCAUGGCUGCUACUCUUAAAAGACAUUUCUGUCUUGAUUCUUGAUUCAUAAAGUGUCUAAUGCUCAAAGCAGCAGCUAAACUAGCCAACCCAAUCCUACCAAGUUGCUUAGCUUGCUUGAACUUUUUAACUAAAUUUUCUUUAUAUGGAGGACUGCUCCCUCCCUCAGGACUCUUUGUUCCUAGGUUUUGACUGCUCCACUCAGUCACUGAAGGCAACUGUAUUAGAUGCUAAUCUCAACAUAGUAAUAUCAGAACUUGUGAAUUAUGAUUCUGAGUUGCCUCACUACAACACCAAAGGUGGAGUCUUUCGAGACCCAUUCGUUAAUGGCAGAAUUGUGUCACCAACAUUGAUGUGGGUGGAAGCCCUAGACCUUAUUCUCCAAAGACUCGAAAAGUCAAAGUUGGAUUUUGGAAAAAUUGCAGCUGUUUCUGGUAGUGCUCAGCAACAUGGUAGUGUUUAUUGGAAGAAUGGGAGUUCUGUCAUACUAUCAUCAUUGGAUCCUAAAAAACCACUUGCGGAUCAAUUUCUUGAUGCUUUUUCAAUCGAAGAAUCGCCUAUAUGGAUGGACUGCAGCACCACAGAACAAUGCAAAGCUAUUGAGGAAGCUGUUGGUGGUGGAUUGGAGUUGGCUAAACUUACUGGUUCUCGUGCACAUGAAAGAUAUGUCGGUCCUCAAAUUCAAAAGAUUUUUGAAACACAGCCUGAAAUUUAUCAGAAUACAGAGAGGAUAUCACUAGUUAGUUCUUUUAUGGCGUCUCUACUUGUUGGGUGUUACGCUUGCAUUGAUCAAACUGAUGGAGCAGGAAUGAAUCUCAUGGACAUUGAGCGCCGAAUUUGGUCCAAAAUAGCCCUGGAGGCUACUGCACCUGGUUUAGAGGAGAAGCUUGGAAAGUUAGCUCCUGCUUAUGCUGUUGCUGGUUCUAUUGCUUCCUAUUAUGUUGAGAGGUACCACUUCAACAAAAAUUGUGUAGUGGUUCAAUGGUCUGGAGACAACCCUAACAGCUUAGCAGGGUUGACCCUCAACGCUUAUGGAGAUCUGGCAAUCAGUCUUGGCACAAGUGACACUGUCUUCGGGAUUGCAACUAACCAUAGACCUAGCUUAGAUGGGCAUGUAUUUCCUAAUCCAGUAGAUACCAAAAGCUUCAUGGUAAUGUUGGUCUACAAGAAUGGGUCUUUGACUCGUGAAGUGCUCGAAACCCUCGUAGAUAUACGUGAUCGUUAUGCAGAUGGAUCUUGGGAGGUUUUCAAUAUGUUUUUACAGCAAACUCCACCUCUGAAUGGUGGAAAGAUUGGUUUUUAUUACAAAGAGCAUGAAAUACUUCCUCCUCUCCCAGUUGGUUUCCACCGAUACAAUCUUGAUAAUUUCAUGGGUGACUCCUUGGAUGGAGUAAUAGAACACGAAGUAAAGGAGUUUGAUCCGCCUUCAGAGGUUCGAGCGUUAAUUGAGGGGCAGUUACUCUCCAUGCGAGCUCAUGCCGAGAGACUUGGAAUGCCUUCUCCACCCAAAAAGAUUAUUGCAACUGGAGGAGCAUCUGCAAAUGAUCAAAUCCUGAAAAUGAUUGCUUCUAUUUUUGGGUGCAACGUCUAUACUGUCCAAAAAACAGAUUCAGCUUCCCUUGGUGCAGCCUUGAGAGCUGCUCAUGGUUGGUUGUGUGACCAGAAGGGAAAAUUUGUGCCCAUCUCUGAUAUGUAUCUAAGGAAAUUGGAGGAGACAUCGCUAAAGUGCAAGCUUGCGAUGCCUGCUGCAGGUCAAGACCUUAUUGACAGGUAUACAUUGUUGAUGAACAAGAGAUUGGAAAUUGAGAAUCGUCUCAUCCAAAGAUUGGGACGUUGGUAAAAUUUCACUCAGGUCAUGUACUGCAUACGGUUUUAACACAAACUGGCUUAACGUGUUUUUAGUGCGGACCUUCAGAAUUGCCAUAGUUUUUUUGGAAAAAAGAUCGUACUUACCGUUCUGCUUUGAGAAAUAGUUUAAAUAUAUCAUCUGUUUGAGUUUCCAACUAUAUAUAGUUAACCCUGUAUACAUUUGAUCAAAUCCUCGCCUGAGUCUAACGGAGGGGACACGUGGAGGGCCAGCUUAUACCCGGUUUAUAUUACAAAUCCAACACUCGCACUCUAAUUCCUGAAGCCUAGACUCAAGCUCUUAUUUUUCAUCCAAAUCCUUUCCCUAUUCCAAUUUAAUUUCCAGA